CAAUCUUUUUUUUCCUGGCACGUAUCAGUCAAAGGCUUUUAUUUUUAGUCAGGCAGAUCCACGUGCCCCUGUGCUUCAAAGCCACAUUGGCCGCACCCAUGUCACGUGGGCGUCUAGCGCCCGGCCAAUUAGAGAGCGUCUGGCACUGUGAGUGAUAACUGCUCCGUCCCCUUUUCUCCGCCCCUCUCAGGUGGUGAUCUGGAGUAGAAUUCCCAUAAGUGGAUUAGCAACGAACGGGUUGUCGACUCCCAGACCCGUGUUUAUUUUUAAUUUAAAAAACUCGUCUAUUUGCUUGUAGUACCAUGGCGCCGUCAAUCACUCGACUGUGCCGCAGUGUGGCUCUCUCGACGUGGCUCGUCUCGUCCCUGUGCUCCGUACACCUGUUGUGCUUGGACUUCACCGUGGCCGAGAAAGAGGAGUGGUACACGGCCUUCGUUAACAUCACCUACCUGGACCCGCUCACCGCCAGGCCGCGAAGCGACAAGAGCGAGUGCGGCCGCUACGGCGAGCACUCGCCCAAGCGGGAAGCCAGGGGGCUUGUGUUGGCUCCGUCGCUACCGCAGGACCGACAGAUGUGCGAGCCGGCCGCCCGCUUCCCGCCGGCGUCGCGCUCCGCCGCCGCCUGGGUGGCGCUGGUGGCCGCAGGGAACUGUACUUACCGCGAAAAGAUCCGGAACGCGGCCAGCCACAACGCCUCGGCGGUGGUCGUGUACAAUGUGGGCUCCAGUGGUACCAAUGACACCAUCACCAUGCCCCACUCUGGUACAGGCGACAUAGUGGCCAUCAUGAUCCCAGAGCACAAAGGUCGGGAGAUCAUGGCGCUGCUGGAGCAGAACAUCGCCGUCACCUUGCACAUCACUGUAGGGACACGCAACCUGCAGAAGUAUGUGAGCAGAACGUCGGUAGUCUUUGUCUCCAUCUCCUUCAUCAUUCUCAUGAUAAUCUCCCUCGCCUGGCUUGUCUUCUACUAUAUCCAGAGAUUCCGCUAUGCUAAUGCCCGAGACCGCAACCAGAGACGCUUGGGGGACGCUGCCAAAAAAGCCAUCACGAAGCUUCCAGUCCGGACCAUUAAAAAAGGAGACAAGGAAACCGAGCGCGACUUUGACAGCUGUGCCGUGUGCAUCGAGCCCUACAAGCCUAAUGAUGUUGUCAGGGUGUUACCUUGCAGACAUGUUUUCCAUAAGCACUGCGUGGACCCCUGGCUGCAUGAUCACCAGACGUGUCCCAUGUGUAAAAUGAACAUACUCAAGGCCUUGGGAAUUUCACUCAAUGCGGACUGCUCCGACGAGUCGCCGCCGGACUAUGAGAUGACGCUGGGCGGUCCGUCCGCCGACCCAGUCAUCAGCGGGGCCAGCGAAAUCACCGUCAACGAGAGCUCCGUGGCGCUGGAGCUGGUCGAGAGGCCGACGGAUCCCAACAUGGAUUUGGCGCCGCAGGCAGAGGAGAACUAUAUCAUUUCCGGCAGUGAGCACCAGCUGCCCCUCAGCAGCGAUUCUGACUCUUCACUCAACACGGUAAGCGGGCCGCAAGUGGACAACCUUGGAUCCGGAAACGGCGCGGAACUCUUUCCACGCGAGCGGGUGGUGGAAAAGGAGGACGGGAGCCCAAGCACAUGACUGUUGAGGACCAAAGUUCUGAAAAUGUUACACUACAACUGUCUCCAUCUGCUGGACAGCUUUUUCCCUGUGUCGAACGGACACCGUCCUUAUCCGAGACAUCCCUCACACUUUACACAGUGAAAGGUUUCAACAUCCAAACUUAUUGUCGCACCCGCAGGGCACGCGGUGGUUCCAACAUGCACACUUUUCAUGGUGAGUCUUUUUCACAGCCACACUUAUCCCGCUGUGAUUGCACAAAGAGUAACAAAGACCCACACUUCCCCCGAUGGAAGGUUUCGACGUCCUUUUCAUCGCAUCCCACCGGGAGCGCGGUUGUUUCGGCACUUCGUUUUACACGGGGGAAGGGGAACACCCGCGCUUUUCCCACUCCUUUUGCACAGCGACGCCGUGAAUACCCGCACAUGUGCUCCCCAACCCCAGAGCGCGACGAGUCUCGAGGGUCUACGCUCGCGGCACCAACACUUUUGUCAGUGAAAGGGUUUAACACCCACGCUUUCCAGCACACCGCGGCUCAGGCGUAUGUUUUAACAUCCACACUUUUCUUGUCGAAACGUUUGCAGGAGGGUCGCAACUUACAACGACUUUAAUAGUUGCUUCGUUUUUAAUGAAACUUUGGCGAUUGAUUUUUAGAGAUGCAACGAUUCAUCGACCACUGAUGGUGAUCAAACGGAUGAAUAUUUUGAUCACUGACGAAUCGUUUCGACCUGGUUCCGUUUCAAAUUGUCAACAAAAUUGGAUCAUGUUUUUUCAAAGUAAAAGCAGUUGUUUGCAAAUGUUUCUGCUUUCACGGAGGACUACAGAAAUCUGAUUUUUAGUCUUGAAAGGAU